GGAGAAUAAGGUAUAUUUAAACUGAGGGAAUUGGCGCUUUUGCACUCGGACUCGCUCCACCAACUUAAGUUUUGGGUGGGACGACGGCGCAACUUUUAUAAAAAUAACCCUCGCCGAGGAGGCCGUGUCGGACGAGGACACUCCCGAGCGCGACAAAGUGACACCGCCGGCGGCGGCGGGAUAAAUAUUCGCGGGGGAUUGCUUGCGGCGGGCGGCACUUAUUUCAUAUUGCGGGCGCCUCGAGGACGGCUCGCGCGGACGUUUAACGGGCAGGAGGAGGACUAACGGCGGCAGGCGAGCUCGCGAUGGCGGAGACGGCGGCGGCUCCGGCCCCCAAGGCGAAAAAGACGAAGUCCCCGAAGAAGGCGGCGUCGCACCCCAAAUACUCGGAGAUGAUCAAGUCGGCGGUGCACGCGGACAAGAGUCGCGGCGGCGCGUCCCGACAGUCCAUCCAGAAGUACAUCAAGAGUCACUACAAGGUGGGCGACAACGCGGACUCGCAGAUCAAGCUGUCGCUGAAGAGGCUCGUGGCCGUGGGCGUCCUGCGCCACACCAAGGGCAUCGGGGCGUCGGGCUCCUUCAAACUGGCCAAAGCCGAGGAGAGCAGGAAGGUGCCGUCCAAGAGCCGCGCGCCCGAGAAGGAGAAGGAGAAGGCCAAGAAGAAGGUGAGCAAGGCCGCCAAGCCCAAGAAGGUGGCCAAGCCCAAGAAGGUGGCCAAGUCGCCAGCGAAAGCCAAGAAGCCCAAGGCUGCGGAGAAGAAGGUGAAGAAGGUGGCGGCGGCGGCGGCGGCGGCGGAGAAGAAGAAGAAGGCGGCGGGCGGCGCGGCGGGGGGUGCGGCGGGCGCCAAGGCCAAGAAGGCGGCGAAGAAGGGGAAGGUGGUGAAGGCGGCGAAGGCGACGAAGGCGGCGAGCAGGACGAAGAGGGCGACGAAGGCGGCGAAGCCCAAGGCGAGGAGCGCAGCCAAGAGGGCGGCCAAGAAGAAGUGAGGCGGUGGGGGGGCAGCAGCCGCCCUCCAGGACUUUAUAAAGCGCGGAGGAAAAAAAAAACGGAGAAGGAAGGAAAAAACAAACAAACAAACAAACAGACAGACAGACAGACAGACGAAACAAACUACGUGUACAUACUGAUACUGAUACUCCUGGAAAGCGAGAACACCAGCCCCCCCCACCCCGCCCCUUUUUUUCUUUUAAAUGUUAUUUUUGUAUUUUGUUUCACGCGGAAUUAUCUGAACUUUUCCUAACGUAUUUACUCUGUUGUUUCAUAGAAAAAUACUUGCCACCCUCUUCUGAAGGCUCCUCAAUUUAAACGCCCCCCUCCCCCCCCCCCCUCCGUGUGGCUGUAUAUGAUUAUUAUUUAUUUCACUAUCGAUUCUGGGGAUGGUUGCGGGCGGAGAAGUGACUUUGGUGCUCAACUGUUGCGACGAGUUUAAAAAAAAAAAACAAAAAAGCAACUUUUUGUGUACUCAACUGUACUGAUUUGAGCGUAAACGUGGGACGUCGUAAAGAUACGUGAACUUCGAUCAGUGAAGAACUGUUCGGAAUCAUAGCGCAGUCUUCAGAUUUACUCCGUAAUCGUUACAGUUACCAUGGUAAAUCCCGCAGAAUCCUGUACAUUUUCUGACUGACACAUCUUUUUCCACUAAAUUGUAUAAUUUCCGACUACAAUUUUACGAAUUCAUCUUUUGAAACUUUAUACUGUACUGCAAUAAAAAAAAAGUUUUCA